GCUUGCUGGUUCAGGGAAGGCAAUACUUCAGGCUGGACGGGAGAAUGCAGCCUCAGUGAAAGCUGCUUUCGGUUGUUUUGGUUGAGCAGUAUUGGGGUAAAAACAGAAGUGACGCUCUUGGUUAUCGAGCAGAGACAUCAUUUACUGUUGGAGUCAGCAGGGAGGAGUGGCAAAGUGGAUGAUCUGUGUGCAGCAAAGUUUGUCAAUUUUAUCAGCAACAAUAUUUAAAUUAACUUAGAAAAAAGACGCAAAAAGCACAUUCAAAACAGUAUCCGAUCAAGGCGUCUCUAAAUACCUAGUGAGGCCGGUGCGAAGACUUUGGAGACUCUGCCAUUGGCCUUUGUACGUUAAUUAUGAAUUCCGUGUUUGUUGCUCUCUUAAGCGCAUUAUUGUACUGCACAAGGCAGCGCUACGCGUCUGCACAUCAACAACAUGCACCUCAAUCUUAUUCAUUAAUUGUGGAUGCAUCUAAAGCACAAAGAGAGUUGAAGCACUUCUGGAGGAGUACAGGAUUUUGUCCCCCUCUGCCACACAACAAAGCAGAUGUGUUUGACCUAAGCAGAGACCAACAACUGAAUCUUGCGUAUAUUGCCUCGGUACCUCAAAGUGGCAUAGAACAAGUUCGAAUUCACUGGCUUUUAGAACUAGUCACAAUGCGGGAAGUGAAUGGUAAACUUCUGUACAACUUUACAAACUUGGAUAAUUUAAUUCACCUUCUGUGGCAGAAGGGGCUUAUGCCAGGAUUUGAGCUUAUGGGAAAUCCAUCAGGCUACUUUACCAAUUUUGAAGAGAAAGUACAGGUGUUUGAGUGGAGAAAAAUGAUCACCCUUUUGGCAAGAAGGUAUAUAGGUAUGUAUGGUGUGGCAUAUGUGUCAAAAUGGAAUUUUGAAACAUGGAAUGAACCAGACCAUCAUGAUUUUGAUAAUUUAACAUUUACAGUUAAAGGAUUCCAAAACUACUAUGAUGCCUGUUCAGAAGGUUUGAAAGGUGCUGACACACUACUUCAGCUAGGUGGUCCUGGAGAUUCAUGUCAUCCUCCUCCACACUCGCCUAUUAGUUGGGGUUUGCUAAAUCACUGUUAUAAUGGAACCAACUUCUUUACGGGGGAGAUUGGAGUACGACUGGAUUAUAUUGCUUUACACAAGAAGGGUGCAGGCAGUUCUUUCCACAUCCUAGAACAAGAAUUGGAUACAGUUCAACAGAUCCAGAAACGUUUUCCUAAAUUCCAGUCAAUUCCCAUUUACAAUGAUGAGGCUGAUCCGCUGGUAGGUUGGUCAAUUCCCCAGAUUUGGAGAGCGGAAGUAACCUACGCUGCUAUGGUUGUUAAGGUAAUAGCGCAGCACCAGAACCUGCUCAUUUCGAAUCCACAGAAGAAGAUAAAUUUUACAUUGCUUAGCAAUGACAAUGGCUUCCUGAACUACUACCCAAAUUACUUCACACAGAGAACUCUCACUGCAAGGUUUCAGAUGAACAAUACAAAUCCUCCACAUGUGCAAAUGGUUCGCAAACCAGUGCUCACUGUAAUGGGAUUGUUGGCUUUGUUAGGUGAGAAACAACUUGAAGUAGAAAUGAUGUUGAAUAGUGAUGCUUCAGAUGAGAAUAGCACUUUGGGAGCAAUUGCAAGUAUUCAUGAACCUUCAAAUUCUCAUGCCUCUGACAGCUGGCAAUCUGCUAUAAUAAUUUAUAACAGCGAUGACAAUCGGACAUCAUCGGAUAUUACCCUUGUGACUGUCAACCUGACCAAUUUUCCCACCCAAGAAGAACUUGUGUAUGUAAUUUACCAUCUAGACAACAAAGACACGAAUCCUUACUUGCAAUGGAAGAAUUUUGGAAGGCCAGAUUUUCCAACAGUGGAACAAUUACAUAUUAUCAGAGAAAUGGAGGAUCCUGUGGUUAAGGGACCAAUACCAUUUCCUCGAGAAGGCAACCUCAUUCUGAAACUGCAUCUUCCCAUUCCCUCCGUGUUCCUGUUGCAUAUCUGUGCAAAGCCUAAAAGGCCUCCAAACAAGACUAGCAGUGUGAGCUUCAUACCACUGACUGUGGGUCAAGUGGCUGUUACAUGGGAUGAUAAUUAUGUAAAUUCAAAAUGUUUGAAAACAUUUGAAGUGGAAUUUUCAGUUAAUGGAAAAGUUUACAAAAGAAUCAAUGACAAAGAUACUUUAUUUACCAUUUUUGUAUACUCUCUACUCAACAAGAGAAAAGAAUUUUCACAGGUGUCUGGUUUCUAUCGUAUUCGUGCUGUGGAUUACUGGGGCAAGCCUGGAGCCUACUCGGACCCUGUUAAAUAUAUUGAAGGGAAACAUUAAAAAAGUUUGUGAAGAGCAAUUGCACUACCGGUGAUGGAUAAAUAAAUACAUAUGCUUCCUCUAAAGGAGUAACUUAGUUGAAUAUGAUCUGGGUAUUUUACAACGACAGAUAUAAAAUAAUUCUUAGUUUAAAGUGAAAUCUAGCAUUAAAUAUUUUUCAUUAAGUUUCAUUUUUAAUCUGCAAGUUUCACUGAAAGAUAUAAUCUGUAUUUUUUGUAUCAAAAAUAGCAAUAUCUCUGAAUUAUAUACAAACUAGGAACAAGAGUAGGCCUCUCGGCCCUUCAAGCCUGCUCUGCCAUUCAGUAAGAUCAUGGUUGUAACCUCCCACCUAUCCCCAAUAACCUUUCACCCCUUUGUUAAUCAAGAAUCUAUCUACC